ACAUCCUGGCGUUUGCAGGGGGUGCUUUGAGCUCAGAGACGGCGGAGCAGAGCAGAGAAACUUCGGAUUUUACACAUUUUAUACCCCGCAUAGGUCAAACAUGGCGGCAAGUGAUACAGAUCAGGAGAGGUCGUCGGUGAAUAAAUCAUCCCCAGACUUGGAUAAGAAGAAGGACAGCACAGAAUCGUCGAAAUAUUCAAGAAAUUCAAAACAUCACCAUUCAAGGUCUCGUUCACGAUCAAGAGACAGGGACAGAAAGAGAAAGUCAAAUGACAAGAGGCACAAGCGAAGCCGCAGCAGGAGCAAAGAGGCACGAAGAAAAGAGUCUGAAGACAAAUCUUCCAAAUCGCACAAGUCUGAAGACCAACAUGAUAGGGAACAUGUCGCUGAGAAGGGACGGGAAAGGCUGAGUUCUGAAAACGGAGAAGACAGGCACAGGCGGAAAGAAAAGAAAUUGUCAAGAGGAAGAAGCUUCUCCAGAUCUAGAUCAAGGGAAAGACGGCAUCGCAGCAGAAGUCGAGACAGGAAGAAAUCUCGUUCCAGAAGCAGGGAGAAGCGAUCGAGGAGCAGAGACCGAAAACGGCGUGUCAAGUCACGCUCGCGCUCCCGAUCCAAACACAGGCACAGAAGCAGAAGCAAGAGCAAAAGCCGAGAGAGGAAGAAAAGAACCGACAAAGCACGUCGAUACAGUAGGAGUCGGAGUAGGACCGCAAGUCCACCUGCUUUCCGAGGACGUAACACUGCAAUGGAUGCACAGGAAGCACUAGCUAGAAGGUUUUGUAGAUUGGAAAGAGCCAAAAAAUUACAAGAACAGAAGGAGAAGGAAAUGGUAGAGAAACAAGAGAUUGUUGCUGCAGUAGCAACUGGAGGAUCUGUUCUGAAUGUCGCAGCACUCCUUGCUUCUGGAGCUCAGGUGACGCCUCAAAUAGCAAUGGCUGCACAGAUGGCGGCAUUGCAGGCCAAAACACUGGCAGAGACUGGAAUAGCUGUUCCUAGCUACUACAACCCAACAGCAGUUAACCCAAUGAAGUUUGCUGAGCAAGAAAAGAAAAGGAAAAAGCUGUGGCAAGGAAAAAAAGAAGGGGACAAAUCACAGACUGCCGAGUUGUGGGAAAGGCUUAACUUUGGGAACAAGGACCAAAAUGUUAAAUUCCGAAAGCUCAUGGGCAUAAAAGGUGAAGAAGAAAUUCCAACGCCAACCAUAACUGAUGAGGAAGGUUUAAGAACUCUGAAGCAACAGGAGGAAGUUUUCAGGAAUCUGGACGUACAGUACGAAAUGGCACGCUCACAGACUCACACACAGAGAGGAAUGGGACUGGGUUUUGGGUCUUCAGUGAGAGGAAUGGAUGCAGUUUAAUACCUUAGCAUUCUGCCUAUUUAGCAUCGCUUUUUGGCAACGCUGGAAACUUUGUUAAAGCUUUGUGUUCUGAUGUAAAUUCCUAGUUUACCGACAAAGCUAGUAGCCUAGCUUGCAUGGUUGUUCCAUUGGGUAUAUAAUUUAUUGAAGAAAAAAUACACGUUAACAUUCAUCUGUAAAUAAUUGGUCUGUGAUGUUGAUCAACUCAGCAACCAGUUUCUGUACAUCUUUUAAAAAUUAUGCAAUGGUUGUUUAAAAAAUUCAUUUUGAGGAAGAGGAGAUAGCAAUAGAGCUUUGAAAAUCCUUGCGUUUUCAUUGUCUCUCUGCUUUUUUGUACUUAAACUUGUACAGAUAUUUUCAUUUGUUGAAAUGUGAGUGGAACAUUGUGGCAAUGUAAAGUUGAAUGGUUCAGUCAAUUACUGCUUGAAUUGCCAAAUGGCACAUUAUCCAGCGUGAAUCCUUCAGUAAUAAAACAAGUGAUUUUUUUUUUUUGUAGUUUGUGGAGUAUUUGUACAAAUGUACAGUAUUUAAGGAGUCAAGGAGAUUAAACCUGGGACAUAAUCAAGUGUAAACCAGACUUCCAAACCUUUGAUCAAGUAGUAUUCUGGUGCUAAAUUUACUCUUGAUGGUGGGAGUUAGAAAUGUACAAAGAAGUUAUGCAAAUGCAUGAUAAUAGCUCUUGUUGUAAAUAGUGUUUAAGUAUAACUUCAGAAUAGCACACUUUCUGUUUCAAUUGAUGUCAUGGCCUCUGUGUCUGUCAUUGUCUUCAAAACUGAAUAUGUUUCGCCCUGUAGCUUUAACUUUUUAUACAUAUUUUUGGGGAAUUCCUUCUGUUGUUGUUUCAUUAUUUUAAAACCAAGCCACUUAUUAAUCUUAAAAUAAACGCUACUUUGCCAGGACUUGAAUGUCUUUGAUGCCAUCUUAAGUCAGUUGGAUAUUGCUCUUGAGACUUGGAAGUUUUUAAAAAUAGGUUGCCAUAAAGUUGUUGUUUUGGGAUCUCUUGAAUGUGUAUUAAACCUUAUUUUAGAAGAUCUUGCUGAUUCCAUUCUCAAGUAUGGUGCCUGUAAGGCUUUUAAGUAAUCAUCCAAUAAAUGGGCUGCAAAG